CACACACACACACACACAACUUCCCUGUAGCGCCCGGCGCCUCGCAGCACGCUGAAGAGAUCUCCGGGUAAACGCGCUCGCAGCGUCCUCUCGGCAGAAGGAAAUGAAGAGGAGGCUGCAUAAGAAAUACGUGAUUCUGGUUCUGGCUUAUUCCGGUUUACUUCUGCUAAUCCCGUAUGUGUUAGAUUACCGGGAUAAAUCCGCUCAGCGCGCCAACCCGCCACAGCAGCAGCCCAGAUGCCCCGAUUUGGAGAACACCGUGGCGCUUCUGUGGGAUAAUGGUUACCGGCUCAACGGCAGCGAUGCGAUGGAGUACCCCGCCAACAGGAGCCAGACUCGGACUCACAUCUACCUGCAUGCCACCUGGAGGACAGGGUCGUCGUUUCUGGGGGAGCUGUUCAACCAGCACCCCGACGUCUUCUACCUCUACGAGCCCAUGUGGCACAUAUGGCAGGCUCUGUACCCCGGGGAUGCGGGCAGCCUCCAGGGCGCGGUGCGGGACAUGCUGAACGCGCUCUUCCGCUGCGACUUCUCCGUCCUCAAACUUUACGCCGGUUCUCAAAACAUCACCACCUCGUUCAUAUUCGGGUGGAAAAUGAACAAGGUGAUCUGCUCGGAGCCGCUGUGCGAUGCGCACAGGCGCCAUGACGUCGGGCUGGUGAGAGAGGAUAGGUGCGCCAAGUGUCAGAAGAGGGACCUGAGGGAGCUGGAGAGGGAGUGCAGAAAGUACCCAGUGAUGGUGAUCAAAGGGGUCCGGGUUCUGGACAUGAGUACCCUAGUGCCUCUGAUGAGAGAUCCCACGUUAAACCUCCAAAUCAUCCAGCUCUUUAGAGACCCGAGGGCCGUGCACAACUCCCGUCUGAAGUCCAAACAGGCCCUGGUGAAGGAGAGCAUCCAGGUACUCAGGAGCAAGAAGCAGACCGACAAGUAUAAGCGACUGCUGGUGCCAAGCAACAGGAUGAACCGGGCGGAGAGUUACGUGGCCAGUGCCAUGGAGCUGAUCUGUGACAACUGGCUCAGUGACAUGUUGCUGGUGAUGAAUGCUCCCUCCUGGCUGAGGAGGAACUACCUGCGCCUUCGCUAUGAGGACCUGGUCCAGCAUCCCAUGGAGGAGCUGCAGAGGCUCUACCGCUUCUCCAACCUCUCCACUACCCCAGCCUUGGAGAAGUUUGCCCUGAACAUGACGCACGGCCAUGGGUAUUCAUCAGAUAAGCCCUUCCUCAUAUCAUCAAGGGACGCAAAAGAGGCCAUCUAUGCCUGGAGGGAGCGGCUGAACGUGGAGCAGAUCCAUCAGGUGGAAGCCUACUGCAGUGAAGUCAUGAGGCAGCUGGGCUAUGAGAAGAACAGCAUGGAUAAAGCCACAUGAUGGAGUGGGGUCCUGGUAUUCACUACCAAGGGCAAAAGGUGGACUAACGACGGGGGCUGCAGAAAAGCGGCCCACUAGGAGCCCUCUACAUGCCUCUGGGGUUGUUGUCUCUUCACCCGAGUCAGGUCGAUGAACUGGAGAAAACCACAGAACUGAAUGGUGGGAGAAGAGGGGAGAAAAAAACAAGUGGAGAGAGAGCAGCCAGUCACAUGCAGAAUGGUUUGAAAAGAGGAGAAGGUAGCUUGUUUUCCCAGCGCUGCCUGGUCGACACCAGCAGUGUUCGUGGAGACAGAGCAGUAGGGGAGGGGGCUUAAAUCAAGAGAAGAGGCUGUUGUGUGCUGCUACACAGGCCUAUCCUUCUGUCCUUUUAGUAGCACUAAUCCCUCCUCAGAUCCCUCAGUGAGGGCCAUAAAAACCCGAGAUGGGUCUUUGAAUGGGACAGGAGUCCAGAGAGGCAGGUUGGUCCCACCUGUCCAGCCCGUGACUGGGAAAGGACACGUUCUGGAUCUCCAGCUAAGAGCUCUGAAAGAAGAAACUGCAGUAUUUUCUGAAAUCCAGGCCUGGUUGAGCAGCUAUUGUUCCACCCCCGUUCCCUCAGGAAUCCAGACACCUCCAGCGCCCCCCCGACAAAUCCCUCACAUGGGCGUGAAGUUUUCUGAUAACCCACAGACCGUUGGAGAUCUGUCUCUGUCCCCUGGCAGCGGACGCUCUUAGCAUUCUCUAGUGGUACGGACUCCUUUAAAAAGCUAUGAUAUCCCUCAGGACUAUACUGACGGGGAGGGGCUGUUUAGUUUUACCAGCGUCCAAGUGUUUGACUUUAUAAGUUGGUUUAAUUUAACUUUUCUCGUUGAGAUACUCGUAGAUGUGUCAAAAUCAGAAAUAACUAAAUUAUUUAAGCUGACCUAGGUAAAUUAAAACGUGUUUGAUUUGUAGAUCCCUUCAUAAACUCCUUAAAGCUAAUUGUUGACCUGUGGUACGGUUUGUACUGUACGAAGGUACACAUACAACUGGAACAUGCCUUGGUGAAAUACAUACAGUAAUGUGUAAAAAUAUCCGUCAGAUUUUUGCUUUUUUCCAACAUAAAGCUCUUAUUCACUCUUUUUUUCAAUACAUUUGCUGUGGUCGCUAGUAUAAAUGAAUGCCUUGUGAGUGGAUCUCUGUGGGAAAAAGCUCUAGCUCUCCUUUUCAGGAAGUAAAACUUGGCCAGAGCAGAGGUGAGCAGAACACCUCAACGGCAGGAUUGGAGUCUUACUUCCUGUAUUUGGACAUCUCGCCUCUGAUUGGCUAACAGCAAUGCGACUCACUGAAUAUUUGCUUUGCAAUGUUGAUGUUUUAUCUCUGCAGAUCACACAAGCCUGAAGUUCGGCUGGGAUGUAGAGUUGCUAAUGCUAACAGUUAGCUUCUAUAGCCAGAAAGUUGCCUGCCGUUUCCUGGACGCUAAACCAACAAGAGCCUUCCCCGUCACAAGGCAAGAUGGGCGGGUCCAUGAAUGCUGAUGUACAUUGUGACGUAGAUCUGAGUAGCUCUUUCUCACACCGGGGUUUCCAUGUUCAUUUACUUUUGGCGGCUAAUGCAGGAAACUUCGAGUGGUUGAUUGAAUUUCAAAAAGAACAAGUAAAACAGUUUCUCAGUGAA